AUGGGGCAACCAGCUGCGUCUUAUGGGAAGCUACCUGGAUACUUGUAUACCUUGGAUAAGACAUACCCUGGUUCACAUAUUCGAAUGAAGAAAACGCCUGAGAACGAAUUUUUGUAUGUGUUUAUAGCGUUGCAUGCUUUUAUAAAGGGAUUUGAUCAUUGUAGGCCGAUUGUUGUUGUAGAUGCCAGCCACCUUAAAUCAACAUAUACUGGAGCAUUCGUAUCAGCCAGCACUUUGGAUGGAGCAGGGAAUAUAUUACCUUUGGCAUACGGAGUUAUUGAUUCAGAAAAUGAUGCUUCUUGGACAUGGUUCUUUGAACAAUUCAAAGAAGCUUAUGGUGAAAGAGAGAAUAUGUGUGUGGUAUCUGACCGACAUAAUAGCAUAAUAAAGGCUGUAUCUAUUGUAUACAACAAUAUCCAACAUUACGCCUGCAUAUGGCACUUGUGGGCUAAUGUAUGCAAGAAUUUUCGAAAAGCAAAUGAGCAAUUAAGUGAAGUAUUCUACACUAUGGCAAAAGCGUAUACUCAAACUGAUUUUGAUAAGCUAAUGAAAAGAGUUGAGCAGUUUGAUGUAAGGGUGAAGAACUACUUGGAGUUGGUUGGAUAUGAGAAGUGGGCAAGGUUGUAUGCACCAGUUCCUCGUGGUUGGGUGAUGACGUCGAAUAUUGCAGAGUAUGAAUAUUGUUCAGACUUUUACAAGCCAGAAACAAUAUUGAGAACAUAUGAAGUGCCUGUGUAUCCUCUCCCUGACAAAAGUGAAUGGAAUAUACCUGAACACAUUGAUACCGAAGUUGUGUUGCCACCAAAAUACAAGCGACCUCCAGGAAGGCCAAAGAAGCAACGGGAGAAGUCAUUUAGCGAGUUUAGCAAAAGGAAGGGUACCAAUUCUUGUAGUACAUGUGGACAGCGUAGUCAUAAUAGACGUUCAUGUCGAACUGCAACACGGAAUGCAUAG